AUGAACUCGACCAAACAACACGGGAUGCACUCGAGGACUCUAUACAGAGUUCUAUUUGCGACUUUGGUGUUCAUAGCGAUAGCAUUCACAUUCAUUUUCCUCAUCCCUAGCAGGAAUUCUUACAACAUACUUCCCUCUUUCCGAAAACCAUCCAUCGGAUCGAAAGUCGCCGUGAUAUUCGACAAUCGAGCAGAUUCAAGACUUGUUCCCGUUAUCCUCCACUUCUCCUCCAUCCUUGGGCCUGACUGGCCUAUCCUCCUCUUCACCACAUCAACCUUUGGGACCGCAUCGAAGACAUUCCAGCGAAAGAUCAAAGAUGGAUUUAUCCAGCUUCGCGACCUGUCCAGCGCCGUCGGCUUCGAGAAACACACGGACGUCUCGGCCUUUAUGACAACGCCUUGGUUAUGGGAACAGCUUGCGCCAGCAAAGCAUGUCUUGUUCUUCCAGCUGGAUAGCAUCCUCUGCUCAAAUUCCCCUUUCGAAAUAAACGACUACUUGCAGUACGACAUUGUCGGCGCGCCCAUACAAGACCUAGCAGGCUGGGGACUGGGUUUCAACGGGGGAUUGUCAUUACGAAAUCUAGACAAGACAAUGCAAAUCGUGCGCAACAACAACUGGGCGGCUGAAGUAAAAGAUUCCAAAGAGAGAGGGUUGGACGGCGUGCCGAUACUACCAACAGGAACUAAUGAUAUUAAUGCUAUAUUUCCCGGCCACGGCAACUCGCCGAGAAUACAAUAUGAGGACCAAUGGUUCUUCAAGAAGUUUAUGGAGCUUCCAGGUGCAAUUUUGCCACCGCUGAAUGUAUCCAAAACAUUUUCUGUGGAGUCGAUACCGUAUGACACCCCCUUUGGUUACCACAAACCAAGCUAUAUUACGCCGGAGCAAAGAAAGCAUUUGGAUGAGUAUUGUCCAGAGUAUACCUUGGCGACUAGUCAGACGAUAAUUGAUGCAUGA